AUGCGUGCUAUUUCACUAGUUAAUCGUUUAGAGUUUCAAUUUAUGGGCAAUGUUGCUAGAAACGCUGUUACUUUAGGGGAUAUAGACAAUGAUGGGUGUAAUGAACUAAUUAUAGGAAAUAACAAAGGUGAAGUCGCGAUUUUUAAGGGAAAAGAAAAGAUUAAAAAAAUAACCGAUCUUACAUUUGUUAGUUGUGUGGCUGUUGGCGACAUUUUUAACAAACAGAAGAACAGUUUGGUUAUCGUAACAGCUGAUGGUUGGUGUUACAUUUACGAAGUUCCUGAUGAUGGUAUAAGUCUUAGUGAAGAAGUGGAAAAAGCUGAUGAAGAUAUAAGCCAGGUUGAUGGACAAGUACAAUCAGGAGAGGUGUUAGAAUAUAGCACUGAGUCAAACAGGAGUCAGGGAGACAAAGAUGAAAAACCGCAAUUGGUCUGUGUGCAUAUUCAGAGGAUACCUGCAAACGCCAAGAAUAUUGUCCUGGGCGACAUCGACAACGAUGGAAUGAUCGAAAUGAUUUUGGGCCUUACUGACAGAGUUGUCCGUUCUUAUAGAUGGGUUAAUGAGCCUCAUAAACCGUCUGAAACCACCACAGCCCACAAUCCUGAAAAUUUACAAUAUUUUGGCAAGCUAAUAGCUUUAAACAAGUGGGAAUGUGCAAACCAAAUCGGUUCAAUCACACUCCAUCACACUAGCGACGGAAAACCCUCUCUUCUAAUUGCUCAACCUGGAGGAACUUUUAUGCGAAUUCGUUGCCAGCCUGACGAUAGCGGACAAGCUCAGGAAAAUCUAGAAUUAAGUGGUUCAAGCAGUGAUACGAUGCCCGGCUCUGCCAUUGACUACCAGUUCCUAGGGAUUUCACGAAUGAGGAAUCAAAACAUAUCAACUGAAAUUUUGGGUGAUUUCCAGUCGGGACAUUUGGAAAGUCAGAGCGAAGACGCGAAAAAAUGCCCCUAUGCUGUUGCCACGUUAGAUGGGACGAUUAUGCUGGUUCAAGACGAAGUCAUACUUUGGGCCAUUGCCGUCGACCAUCAAAUCUUUGCGUUGUGUAAACUGGACGUCACUGGCAACGGCAUGGACGACAUAGUUGUGUGUUCUUGGGACGGCCAGACUUAUAUCCUUGAUCAGGAGAAAAACUGUGUGAGAUUUCAUCUGGACGAGCCAGUUCAAGCGUUCCACUGUGGACACUACAGCCUGACAAUCAAUGAUGAGCCCGUCACUUGUCUAGUCUACAUCACCUUCAAGAAUACCGUAAUUGUUUAUUACGACAUACCGCUCAAAGAACUCAAGUGCAAAAAAUACGAGCCUCGGCUCGACUUAUUGCGUGAGUUGUACAUGAAGGACGGGACGACUCCGGAAGAGGCACAGGACGUGGUUGAAAAUUUGGACAGGAAAAAGAAGAGUCAACUGAUACAUCGCCUGUUGUACAACGUGAAGAAAUCAUAAUUGUUAUUUUAUUGGAAGUAUACAAAUAUGUAUUUGAAUAGAAAUAAACUUUUUACAGAAAACAUUAA